AUGUCACUGCCGCUGUGUAAAGGAAACAGACAACACACAGCAAGCUCAAAACACACAAACACCCCUUAUGCCACACUGACAGAAACAGCCACAAAAGCAUAUCAAGCUGCCCCUCACACAGAUGCCCCUCACACAGAUGCCCCUCACACAUAUGCCCCUCACACAGAUGCCCCUCACACAUAUGCCCCUCACACAUAUGCCCCUCACACAGAUGCCCCUCACACAGAUGCCUCUCACACAGAUGCCUCUCACACAGGUGCCCCUCACACAGGUGCCCCUCACACAUAUGCCCCUCACACAGAUGCCCCUCACACAGAUGCUCCUCACACAGAUGCCCCUCACACAUAUGCCCCUCACACAGAUGCCCCUCACACAGAUGCCCCUCACACAGAUGCCUCUCACACAGAUGCCCCUCACACAUAUGCCCCUCACACAGAUGCCCCUCACACAGAUGCCUCUCACACAGAUGCCCCUCACACAGAUGCCCCUCACACAUAUGCCCCUCACACAUAUGCCCCUCACACAGAUGCCUCUCACACAGAUGCCCCUCACACAUAUGCCCCUCACACAGAUGCCCCUCACACAGAUGCCCCUCACACAGAUGCCUCUCACACAGAUGCUCCUCACACAGAUGCCCCUCACACAGAUGCCUCUCACACAGAUGCAACCUCACACAUAUGCCCCUCACACAGAUGCCCCUCACACAGAUGCCUCUCACACAGAUGCCCCUCACACAGAUGCCUCUCACACAGAUGCCCCUCACACAGAUGCCCCUCACACAUAUGCCCCUCACACAUAUGCCCCUCACACAGAUGCCUCUCACACAGAUGCCCCUUAGAUGCCCCUCACACAGAUGCCUCUCACACAGAUGCCCCUCACACAGAUGCCCCUCACACAGAUGCCUCUCACACAGAUGCCCCUCACACAGAUGCCUCUCACACAGAUGCCCCUCACACAGAUGCCUCUCACACAGAUGCCCCUCACACAGAUGCCCCUCACACAGAUGCCUCUCACACAGAUGCGCCUCACACAGAUGCCCCUCACACAGAUGCCUCUCACACAGAUGCCCCUCACACAGAUGCCCCUCACACAUAUGCCCCUCACACAGAUGCCUCUCACACAGAUGCCUCUCACACAGAUGCCCCUCACACAGAUGCCCCUCACACAUAUGCCCCUCACACAUAUGCCCCUCACACAGAUGCCUCUCACACAUAUGCCCCUCACACAGAUGCCCCUCACACAUAUGCCCCUCACACAGAUGCCCCUCACACAGAUGCCCCUCACACAGAUACCCCUCACACAGAUGCCUCUCACACAGAUGCCCCUCACACAUAUGCCCCUCACACAGAUGCCCCUCACACAUAUGCUCCUCACACAUAUGCCCCUCACACAGAUGCCCCUCACACAGAUGCCUCUAACACAUAUGCUCCUCACACAUAUGCCCCUCACACAGAUGCUCCUCACACAUAUCCCUCUCACACAUAUGCCCCUCACACAUAUGCCCCUCACACAGAUGCCCCUCACACAGAUGUCCCUCACACAUAUGCCCCUCACACAUAUGCCCCUCACACAGAUGCCCCUCACACAGAUGCCCCUCACACAGAUGCCCCUCACACAUAUGCCCCUCACACAUAUGCCCCUCACACAUAUGCUCCUCACACAGAUGCCCCUCACACAGAUGCCCCUCACACAGAUGCCCCUCACACAGAUGCCCCUCACACAGAUGCCUCUCACACAGAUGCCCCUCACACAUAUGCCCCUCACACAUAUGCCCCUCACACAGAUGCCCCUCACACAGAUGCCCCUCACACAGAUGCCCCUCACACAGAUGCUCCUCACACAGAUGCCCCUCACACAGAUGCCCCUCACACAGAUGCUCCUCACACAGAUGCCCCUCACACAGAUGCCCCUCACACAAAUGCCCCUCACACAGAUGCCCCUCACACAGAUGCCUCUCACACAGAUGCCCCUCACACAUAUGCCCCUCUGUAA